UUUCUUCCAUGUAGACUCUGUUGGAAUCUUCCGCAUGAUGAAUAUAAACUCCCCUGUAAUUCUGUUCAAUACAGCCCCUGAUUGUCGGUGACAGAUUUUAGAAGAACUGGGAGUAGACUUUUCUGCCAUCUCAAGAUAUUGGGAAAACGUCCAGGCGUGAAAUUAUGCGGACUUCGGGACAUAAAGACAUCGUAAUGGCUUUUGAACCACAUUGACGCCAAGUUUGGACCGGUUUAUUGUGAUGGUCAAAUAUUAUAAUGAUUUCGAAUAGGGAAAUAUUGCCAACCCUAGUUCGCCAAUGUCUGCCACCAUUGCUGUAAAUCUUUCUGAGAGUGAUAUUAAUAGACUUUCUACCGCUUCUUCCACCGACCACUUAAAUCCUUAAGAUAUAAAAAUAUUCUGCCAUUGGUUUUUCUUUAGAAAGGUAUAACUGACCUUAAUCUAUGAGCAUGUUCUUUUUGUUAUCAAAAAAUACAAAUAUCAAUGAGAUUAAUCUUGAUGUUCCCCAAAAGAAAAAAAAUGCAAUUGUGAUUGCAUGCUGCUUGUUAAUUGUUAUCGAUCUCGUUUAUAUUUCAAUGGAGUUCACUUUCAUCCAUUCUGAUCUUCUUAAAGUGAUCGUACAUGCAAUGAAAGCAUUUACUUCUACUUCAGAGAGAGAAAUGUUUAUUUCUUAUAUUGGGGGAAAAAAAAUCCCAUUGACGUGGUAGAGUAUGACGGAAUGAAUCUGACAUACACUUCACCAUUCCCAAUCCAUGAGAACAGUCCUAACGUGUGGUGGACAUUUCCUGAAAUAUCUCAGCAGGCCAGACAAUGAUUUGUGAGUGAUCGAAGAUAAACAAUGAUUUGUUGAGGCCUUCUCUCCAUACUCCAGCUCUACCGCUCUGUCGGUACUUGAUUUUUGUGAGGCAAUCAAAAGAAAUCGAAUCUGCUAAUUCCAGACCGUGUUAAUAAAAUUGUAGGAGUUUAAUACUUGGAAAUGGUUAAUGUAAUUAGACACAGGAACUAACAUUUUGACAUAUUAGAAUAAAAGAGAAUUUGUUUCUUUUGGAUGUGGAUACUUUUAGGUUAUUGGUUUGCUUUGUGAUGAUGUUAUAGGAAACACAUUCUACAGCCACCAAAACAAGGUCGUUUUCUAAUGAGGCGGCACAAGGAGUCAGGAAAAAGAGCUCAAUGGUACAGUGCUGGAUAGGUUUGUGGGAAAAUGAGAAAACCGUCUGUACACCGAAAUGUUCUCUCUAUGAUCUCAAAUUGAUGGGUAUUGUUUCGACUUUGAACAUAACAUGAAAUUAUACUGGGUUUUAUUAUUAGUUUUUAACGAGUGUGUUCUCCAUACCUCAUGUGAAGUCUUCAUCCAGGAAAUGGGCCCAAUAGUGAACACCCAUUACGGUCAAAUUCAAGGGAAAAUUGUCGGAUUUCAUGACUAUGUUUUAAAGUCAGCGGAAACAUACAGAGGAUUACAGUAUUCAACCAUCUACGGAUCAACUUUCCGGUUCAUGCCUGGCACUGUUGUAUCCGAAAUAUGGCACGACAUACGCCUAUUCCAAUAUCCACGUGCACCAUGUCCCCAGAGGAUGUUCUGGGGUCAGGAUUUAAAGAAACGAGACCCAAAGGGGUUCAGAAAAAGGUUGGAGAGAAUUAGCCAUUCAGUUUUUAAUAUAACUGAAGACUGCCUCAGUCUAACGUUGUACAGACCGCAUACAAAAGAAAAGAAUGAUUCUUCACCAUUCCCUGUAAUGGUAUUCAUACACGGAGAGUCGUAUGACAUAGGAACCGGAAAUGCCUACGAGGGUAGCGUGUUGGCAAGCUACGGCAAGGUCAUUGUGAUCACCGUAAAUUAUCGCCUCGGAGUCUUAGGUUUCCUUGGAACUGGACAUCCGAAUGCCAAUGGUAACCAGGCUUUGCUUGACCUCUUGGCUGUUCUUACCUGGAUCAAAGAGAACAUCGCUUCCUUCGAUGGUGAUCCAAACCGGGUGACCUUGUUCGGUCAUGGACACGGUGCAGCUUUAGUCAACUUCCUCUUGUUUGUCCAAACAGUUAAAAGAGAGAACCUAUUCCACAGGGCUAUCUUGAUGAGUGGUACGGCCGGAAGCUCGUGGUCGCAGUCGGUGGAUCCUCUCACCUGUGCCCAAAAACUAGCGGUCAAUGUCAACUGCACCAAAUACAUAAAUGACUCUGCUAAACUAAUACAGUGUUUCAAAAAUAAAACAACUGAGGAACUUGUAAACAAUGCUCCUAAUCCACCGAAAUAUUUUUCAUGUUUUGCUCCAUCAACAGAAAUUGGAACCUUUUUCAGAGGAUCUCUACAAAGUAUGCUCAGAGACAAGAAUUCACACGCUUUCUCAAAAGUACCUGUCAUGUUCGGUGUGACUAAAAAUGAGGCAUAUUCCUAUCUUAAGCAAGAGGAACUUAUACAUGGUCUGUCUGAAUUUCGUAAAACACAAAUUCUGAGGACCUAUGUACAAAACGUAUUCAAGUACCACCGUCAGAAGAUAUACGAAAUUUUGGAUCACGAAUAUUCUGAUUGGACCAAGCUUCAAGAUGACAAAACACGCCGAGAUAACGUCAUGGAAAUGAUUAGCGAUGGUCAAUAUGUGGCCCCACUUGUUAAGAUGGCGAGAGAGCACGCUGCCACGAGAGCGGGGACAUAUUUUUACUCAUUCGGAUAUUCCACUAAUUCUGAAAGUAAGAAUUUUCCUGAGUGGUCCAGCGGAGUGUUUGGAGACGAAUUGCCGUACGUCUUUGGAGCACCGCUUGUGGACGGGAUUUCGCCAUUUCCCUCUGACUAUACCAGGAACGAGAAACGCUUGAGCGCUUCUAUCAUGAGGUUUUGGACAAACUUUGCCAAGUCUGGAAAUCCUAACUUUCCUGUGAAAGAAACAAUUUUUGAAAAGGACAAAUUCUCUGACUUGGAAUGGCCGGAAUAUGAACUAAAAAAGCAGCAGUACCUACAGAUCGGCAAGCGUCCUCAAAUAAAACACCAUUACCGCGGGAAACAGCUGGCCAUGUGGUUAGAUCUCAUUCCAAAGAUAAAUCGCGAAGACAUCACAAAUGCCGAGAAACCAGAUUCAGCGGAACACAAUUUGUUGGAUCCCAGAAAUGAUUCAACGUUUGAUGAACCCCAGCGACUGAUCACAAGAUUCCACCGUUUGUUUCCCACCCCUCCCCCCACCUCCCCUCCCCCACCAAAGGACACGCCUUAUGAGCCUAAUACAUCCGAGAAUGUGUCAGAAAAUUCUGAUGGGUCCAAAACCGUUGUUACAGAGGGCGAAAACAUGGCUACUUCUGUUCUUCCGCCCUUGUCUGAUCCACGAGCAGCAGAAUCCUUAGCUAGGAGUUCUGUCCCUUUAAGUAUAACAGUUGCUAUUGGGUGUUCAUUAUUGUUUUUGAAUAUUUUGUUUUUUGCCGGUGUGUAUUAUCAGAGAGACCGUAUAAAGAAGCUCAAACGUGCCAAAGGAAUGUGUGAGACUGAGCUAAGGACUCCUAAGAAAAACGGUAAUGAGGGGGGAGACGUAAAUCGACACGAAACAUCGAGUUUAAUGACGACACAAUCGGUGCAACAACAGAAUCAAUUGACACCUAAGAAAAUAGUGAAUGAAAGACCUGAGGUUCAAGGGAACCCUAUUUAUGCUGCCAUAUCAAAAUCAUCAGAUCAUACAUCAGACAAAUAUUCCUAUUCCCCUGUCCCAACAGACUCUUCCUCCCCGAUGCAUAGGCAUCGGGAUCGAAAUACACAUAUUCAUACAAACAGUGUUCAAUCUCCAUACAAAGGAGUGAGUACAUUUUCAUCUGGAAGACCACCAGACAGGUCUCCAAAGGCGGAUAGAAAUGCUUAUAAAAAUAAUGACAGACUUCAAUCAAAGUCUAGCAAAGAUAACCCGUCUUCGAAUUCGAGUAAUGCAAUUACCGUUGUUUAGCAUAUUCUAUUUCAUAUCAUUGUGUGUAUGUGUGAAGAGUACUGAUGUGGAUGGAAGAGCUGAAUAAGUGCACUGUUUAUUUAUUAAAUUGUUAAUCUCAAAAUGUUUAUAAGGUUGUAUUUGCAUUGUACAAUACGUAUGUCAAGGUUUUUAUUUAUAUAACAUUGACCCGCUUUAACAUUGAUAGAUAUAGGUUCGGCAUAAUGAUGGGAAAUCAUUCUCACAUCUGUAUUUAAUGCUGCAACUUAUUUCUAUUAAAUUAGAUAAGUUAUGCCAUCAAUUUUAAAAUAAAAUAUUGUAAUGCAUGGCUGGUACGUUCCAAAUCGAGUUUUUCCCCAUCUGUAAGAUAUUUUCGUGAGUAAUAUUUUUUGUGCAUUUUCAAUUUCAUAAGGAGUAAAACUUCUAAGAAUGAAACCGGAGCUUUUUUUUUUUUAGUGUGGAGAUGUUGUUAUUUUACAAGAAAUUAGAUUUUAUAGAAAUAAAGCCAGUCUGAAAUUUCA